AUACAAAACAAAGGAGUGCACGGAAAGUAGGAUGCGGCCACGUGUAAUUGAGUGGAGGUAUAAAAUUGGGCAACUUUUACUAAUACACAACUCUCAACAUACGAAUCCUACGUAAAAAGGAGUCCGGUGAGAAUGGAGGUGGAGAGGCUAGUGCCGAAGCGAAGCGCCGCAGCCGCAGCCGCGAGGAAAAUCGCCUUCACGGCGGAGGUGAAUCGUGUGAAUUGGAUCGCUCUGCCGAUGAUCGUGGUGACGGUGUCGCAGUUUCUGCUGCGGGUUUCGCCCAUGUUCAUGCUCGGCCACGUCGACCAACUCUCCCUUUCCAGUGCUUCCAUCGCCACCUCUCUUUGCAACGUCACCGGAUUCAGUGUCGUUUUUGGGAUGGCUAGUGCUCUGGAAACUCUAUGCGGCCAGGCAUACGGUGCUAAGCAAUACAAAAGAGUGGGAACUCUUACUUAUGGUGCAAUGUUAUGUCUGUUUUUGGUGUGUAUAGCUGUAUCUCUCGUCUUCAUCUUGACGGAGAGAGUGUUGCUCAUGACGGGCCAAGAUCCUUCAAUUUCAGCUGCAGCAGGGAAGUUCGCAAUCCAGCUCAUCCCAACGUUGUUCCCCUACGCAUUUCUUCAGUGCAUUGUUCGUUACCUGCAGAGCCAGAGCUUGAUUUUCCCUAUGGUUUGGAGCUCAUUAGCAUCUCUGUGCUUCCAGCUACCUCUCUGUUGGGCUUUCAUAUUCAGAUUCCAUCUCGGAAAUUCUGGAGCUGCUAUCUCCAUAGCCAUAUCGUCUUGGUUUAAUGUUGUUCUGCUUGUGCUUUAUGUUAUGUAUUCGUCUGCCUGCCAAGAAACACGAGCUCCCUUGUCAUGGGAUGUGCUUGUUACCAUGAGGGAAUUCUUUCAGCUUGCAAUACCAUCUGCUGCCAUGGUAUGUUUGGAAUGGUGGUCUUUUGAGAUAAUACUGUUGCUGUCAGGUGUGUUGCCAAAUCCACAAUUGGAGACAUCAGUUCUUUCUAUAUGCUUCACGAUUUCGUAUUUGCACUAUCACGUCCCCUAUUCUUUUGGCGCUGCUGCAAGCACCCUGAUCUCGAAUGAGAUGGGGGCAGGAAAGCCGGAAGCCGCCAGAACCACUCUGCAUGCAGUGUUGGCUUUGUCGAUCACAGAGUUCCUAGCAGCCGGCUUUGCCAUUGGAUCAUCUGGUCGUGUGUUAGGGUACGCGUUUAGCGCGGACAAACAAGUGAUCCAUUAUGUCAGGAAAAUGGCGCCUUUCCUUGGCAUCUCCAUCGUCAUGGAUGGCUUACAGGCUGUUCUUUCGGGGGUGGUGAGAGGCAUCGGGUUGCAGCAUAUAGGGGCGUACGUGAAUCUGGGUGCAUAUUAUUUGGUGUGCAUCCCAGUGGCUCUCUUGUUUGCAUUUGUGUUCCACCUCAAAGGACAAGGCCUUUGGAGCGGACUCGUAGCAGGAGCAACAGUACAAUCUUUCGCGCUUUCUCUUCUAACUGCUUUCACUCACUGGGAAAAUAAGGCAACUGAAGCAAGACAGAUGAUCUUCUCAGAGGAAUUUCCAGCUGGAAAUGAUUCCAUAUGCAAGCAAGAAAAAGAAAAAUUGGUGGAGAUAUUGUGAAACAAUGUUUGCACAUAUAGAGUAUCCACUAUUCGUUCAGUGAAGGAAAAUUACUUGUUUUAUUCUUUAUUAUAUUUUUUCCAUUAUUGGUUUUGUUGCUGGUAUUGUUACCUAGCUAAGAUGAAAAAUAGGCAUUGCCCUUUGCCCUCUAUGUUUAUUUGGGUUAUGAUAGUGGGAAUUACAAGUGCAUUCACAUGGAGAGAAAGUUGAAAGAAUGAGAUGGAAGGAAUCCUUCCUACAUAGGAGUAUUCUCUAGGGAAAAGAAGCAAAUAAUGAUGAGCAGCUGCGAGAGGAGCCUCCCCAGAAGAUCAUGCAUGAUUGACAGGAUUCAGAGAAAUAUUUGCCAUCAAUUUCAACCCGGAAAACAGUGAGAACGGAGAACCCUGGAUAAGCAUUUCAGAUAACAUCUCCAUUUCCAUGGCUUCUUUAGUUAUUAAGUUGUUGCUGGGCUAUCCUGGUAUCCGCGUUUGACAUUGUUAGUUUCAUUAAUUUAAUUAGGUCUCAGCUGUGGUGGUUUUAUUUUUUUGCUGUCAAAACUCAAGUCAUUUUUAGUUCUUGCAUUAGUUAAUGCAAGUUGUUCCGUGCAAAUAUCUGGCAUCGGUUUCUUAUAUGAGGCUACAGGAAAUAUAUCUGUAGUUUUCA